AUGAACUUUGGUGCCACGAUUGCCGUUUUACUUUUGCCUGUUUUGGUGGAGUCAAAGGUUUUCACCAGUGAAUGUAUUGUCAAGGUUGGUGAUUUAUGCACUUAUUGUCUGUUUUGUUGAUUUAUAGGCCGAUUAUUCGUCAUGUGCUAUUUUCAAUUCUUGUUGUGAUUUUCGAUGUAGUCGUUCAAGGCAGAAACGAUCUACAUGCACAAUGAAUGGAACUGGAGUUAUCAAUUCUAUUCAAACCGAAUGUUUUUGUACAACUUCGCCAAUCGCGACCGAAACCGCUCCGACUACAAGAAGAUCUAGACAUUCACGACUUGAUUUAAUUGCGGGAAUUCUUUUUCUAUUCGUUCUAGACAUGCUCCUUUUGAGUUUUACAUUUUAA